CAGCCCUAGGCUCAAGUACAAAUAUUGCAUCCGUAAUUAUUCUAACAAAAUAAAUAAAUACAUCAACAAUUAGGACACCUCAUGAAGACCUUUUUUGUGUUUUUCCUUUCUUUUUGGGUGAACUCCAGACACCCCCUUUCCCCCUAAAAUAUGACUUUUCCCCGUUCUUCCUUCUACAACAAUCCAGCAAUUUUGUCCCUGAAGAUAACAGGGCCAAAGAGGGAAGUUAAGAUCAUCAGCCAAUAAAAGUCAUUCCAACACCCUAUCAAUAAUAUCUGGCAUCACACAUUUCAUCUUUAAAUCGGAAGUUGGAACCCAUCAUAAAAGUUGGACUUGUCAUGUAUGAGAUCACAGGAGAUUACAUCUGAGCCCCGCAGAGGGUGUCCCACAAAUGCUUCACAUUCACAUAGAAGUUGUCAAUGGGAGAUGUUUGUAAUAGUAUGCUGUAAGGUGUUGUAGGGCGCUCUGAGUUCGACUUCAGUCCAGCACCCUCAGUAGGGGCACCGUUCGCGCAAUUGGAAGACGUGAUACGCGUCCUCUAAUUGAUGUAAACAGUUGAAGCAUGCGAGGAUGCUUCACGCUGUUAGUGACUCGUUCUCUUCUCCCUCUCUCCCCCAAUCCACCCGGCGGCGACUUAACAUCCAUUACCGCCGGUGGAUGAGGGGAGAGAGAGGGAGAAGCAAGACCGCCACUCGUCUACUCCCCGCAGAUCCAAUGGAUUCUUUGUGCUGGUCACUGGGGUUGCUGGCUUCGUGGGUACCCACUGCUCACUGGCUUUGAAGAAGCGAGGCGAUGGAGUUCUUGGCCUCGAUAACUUCAAAUAGUUGACGAAGAUGAGCUCUCCCCGAUCGAACAAGUGCGGUUAACGGUGACCAACACCGACGAUCCAACCCUCCCCGUCUGGACCUUCCGGAUGUGGUUCCUGGGUUUGAUAUCAUGUGCACUGCUGUCAUUCCUCAACCAAUUCUUCGCCUACCAAACGGAGCCCCUCAUCAUAACCCAGAUCACCGUUCAGGUGGUUACCCUGCCAAUCGACCGCUUCAUGGCUUCUGUCCUACCGCGCACCAAAUUCCGCUUACCAGGUUUUGGGUCAACGGAAUUCUCUUUGAAUCCGGGACCAUUUAACAUGAAGGAACAUGUUCUCAUCUUCAUAUUCGCUAAUGCCGGGAGCGCUUUUGGAAGUGGAUACGCCUAUGCCGUCGGCAUCGUCAACAUUAUAAAGGCUUUCUACCGGAAAAACAUCUCCUUCUUAGCUGGAUGGAUACUUGUAAUAACCACUCAGCUAAUACGUGCACCGGUGAUGACUGUUUGUACUCUUUCCGCCGGUGAUAACAGUCCGGCUUCUAUCAGGGCAGAGUCUAAAAUACCUGAAAGAGUCGCCGGUGAUGACUGUUGGUCGCCGCCGGUUGGAAAGGGAGAGGGUGAGAGUGACUAGUGAGGGCAGAGUCCGAUG